AUGACUGAGUUAAUUGACAUUCUCGAAAAACAUAAAAAGAUUACAAAAGAAAUGUCUAUAAAGAUUCACAAAUAUUUAAGAGAAGUUAAAGCACCAGUAACUAAAGAUUCAUUUGAGGACAGAAUUCGAAUACCUUUCGAGAAGAGAGCAGAGUUAUCAAAGAAUCUAGUAGCAAAACAACUCUUUAACAUUAUGUCUAUUAAAAAAACAAACCUAUGUUUAUCUGUCGAUUUGACAUCAUCUGUAAAAAUUCUCGAACUUCUAGAAAAAAAUACAGAGAAGAAACUGAACAUGGCUUCAAAGAAUCCAAAUAUAAUUACUGGUUUUGUAUGCCAAAAUAAGGAUACAUUUAAAGAUCCUGGGCUGUUACAAUUAACUCCUGGCGUACAACUCGAAAGUGCUAAGGACGAUCUGGGUCAAGUAUACAAUACACCAGAAAAAGUAAUUUUAGAAAAUGGUGCAGAUAUUGUGGUUGUUGGGCGCGGAAUAGUCAAUGCAAAGAGCCCAGAAGCACAUAUCGUUUACAGAGAUGCUUUAUGGAAAUGUUAUUCAAAAAGAAUCUCAGGUAAAUUAGAGUAA